CGGCACGAGUUGUGGCCCCGGGAGCCGCGUUCGGUGCAGAGCGCUGGAGAGGCCGCUCUUCGCGCGCCGGGGUAUCGGGAGCGCCUGUCUUGGGGGCGGAGGCCGCGCUGCGGAGCCGCCCACGCCGCUCGCCAGGGACAGAGUCCACAGGAUGGGUGUUAAGACAUGCUGAGAUCCCCUGAAAUAGGCGGCUGGCACCCUGGCUAUGGAGGACUGCAAUGUGCACUCGGCUGCCAGCAUUCUGGCCUCGGUGAAGGAACAGGAGGCCCGUUUCGAGCGGCUGACACGGGCACUAGAGCAAGAACGGCGGCAUGUUGCCCUGCAGCUGGAGCGUGCUCAGCAGCCUGGCAUGAACAGUGGUGGUAUGGUGGGCAGUGGGCAGCCCCUGCCAAUGGCCUGGCAACAGCUGGUUCUACAGGAGCAGAGCCCGGGUAGCCAGGCAUCGCUGGCCACGAUGCCAGAGGCACCUGAGGUGCUGGAGGAGACAGUGACAGUGGAGGAAGACCCUGGCACGCCCACCUCCCAUGUGUCCAUUGUCACAUCAGAAGAUGGUACAACCCGGCGCACUGAGACUAAGGUCACCAAGACAGUCAAGACUGUGACCACAAGGACAGUACGCCAGGUACCUUUGGGCCCAGAUGGACUCCCCUUGCUGGACGGUGGCCCCUCACUUGGCUCUUUUACUGAUGGGCCCCUGGAUCGUCAUUUCCUUCUGCGUGGUGGUGGCCCAGCAGCCACACUCUCCCGAGCCUACCUCAGCAGCGGAGGUGGCUUUCCUGAUGGCCCCGAGCCCCGUGAUAUCCCAAGCUAUGGCAGCCUGUCCCGAGGGCUUGGGGUACGGCCUCCGCGUACUGGUCUCUUGGGCCCGGGGUCUGGUGAUGGUUGCUUUACACUGCCUGGCCGCCGUGAAGCCUUCCCCAUGGGCUCUGAGCCUGGACCACCAAGUGGCCGUUCUCUGCCUGAGCACUUCCAAGCAGAGCCAUAUGGCCUUGAGGAUGAUACACGGAGCCUGGCUGCCGAUGAUGAAGGUGGCCCUGACCUGGAGCCUGACUAUGGCACAGCAGCAAGGAGGAGACCUGAGUAUGGGCGGGGCCUUCGCGCCAGGGCCUUUGAGGACACAGCAGAUGAUGCUGGUGAACUGAUAGAGGAGCGGCCUCCAUUCUCAGCAGCAACGGCUCCUCUGGCCCAGCCUGAGAGGGGCAGCCUGGGUAGCUUGGACCGAGUAGUGCGGCGCUCGCCUUCAGUGGAUAGUGCCCGCAAGGAGCCACGCUGGCGGGACCCUGAGCUGCCAGAGGUGCUGGCCAUGCUGCGGCACCCUGUGGACCCUGUGAAAGCCAAUGCAGCAGCCUACCUGCAGCAUCUCUGUUUUGAGAACGAGGGCAUCAAGCGGCGAGUGCGGCAGCUGCGUGGGCUGCCUCUGCUGGUGGCAUUAUUAGAUCACCCUCGGGCUGAGGUUCGGCGUCGGGCCUGUGGGGCGCUGCGCAACCUCUCCUAUGGUCGUGAUGCUGACAACAAGGCUGCCAUCCGGGACUGUGGGGGUGUGCCAGCCCUGGUGCGCCUGCUGCGGGCUGCCCGUGACAAUGAGGUCCGUGAGCUGGUCACUGGCACACUCUGGAACCUGUCAUCCUAUGAGCCCCUGAAGAUGGUCAUCAUUGACCACGGCUUACAGACGCUGACCCAUGAGGUCAUCGUGCCCCACUCAGGCUGGGAGCGAGAGCCUAAUGAAGACUCGAAGCCCCGGGAUGCCGAGUGGACAACAGUCUUCAAGAACACAUCAGGCUGCCUGAGGAAUGUGAGCUCGGAUGGUGCAGAAGCCCGGCGACGACUCCGCGAGUGUGAAGGGCUGGUGGACGCACUCCUGCAUGCCCUGCAGUCCGCUGUGGGCAGGAAGGACACAGACAAUAAGUCAGUAGAGAACUGCGUGUGCAUCAUGCGGAACCUGUCCUACCACGUGCACAAGGAGGUUCCAGGAGCUGACAGGUACCAGGAACCCGAGCCUGGGAUCCAGGGCAGUGCUACAGCCUCUCAGCAUCGGAGGAAGGAUGAAGCCAGCUGCUUUGGUGGCAAAAAGGCCAAAGAGGAGUGGUUCCAAGGGAAGAAGGAUGGAGAGAUGGACCGGAACUUUGACACACUGGACCUGCCCAAACGUACUGAGGCUGCCAAAGGCUUUGAGCUGCUAUACCAGCCCGAGGUGGUACGUCUCUACCUCUCACUCCUUACGGAGAGCCGGAACUUCAACACCCUGGAAGCUGCAGCUGGUGCCCUGCAAAACCUAAGUGCUGGCAACUGGACGUGGGCCACAUAUAUCCGUGCCACAGUACGCAAGGAACGUGGGCUGCCGGUGCUGGUGGAAUUGCUACAGUCUGAGACUGACAAGGUGGUGCGUGCUGUCGCCAUUGCAUUGCGCAACCUUUCACUCGACCAGCGUAACAAAGACCUAAUUGGGAGCUAUGCCAUGACAGAGCUGGUGCGGAAUGUUCGCAAUGCACAGGCACCUACGCACCCUAGUGCCCACCUGGAGGAGGAUACGGUGGUAGCUGUGCUCAACACCAUCCAUGAGAUUGUGUCCGAUAGCCUGGACAAUGCUCGUUCCCUCCUGCAGGCCCGUGGUGUGCCUGCACUGGUGGCACUUGUGGCCUCCAGCCAGUCUGUGCGGGAGGCCAAGGCUGCAUCGCACGUGCUACAGACUGUGUGGAGCUACAAGGAGCUGCGAGGAGCCCUACAGAAGGAUGGCUGGAAUAAGACACGCUUCCAGUCUGCUAGCACUGCCAAAGGACACAAAGGAACACCAAGCCCUGGGGGCUUUGAUGACAGCACACUGCCACUGGUGGACAAGAACCCUGAUAGACACUGCUCAUGCCUUGCAGAUGGGGAGAAGUCAGCCCCCCGAGAUGUGAUCCUCAUGGAUACACUUGGUCCAGAUGGGUAUGCCACAGUUGACCGGAGGGAACGGAGGACACUGGGCAGUGACUCCACAGGAGAGACCUCAGAGAAGGAACUGUUGAAACCCGACCCUGGCAGGAAGGCCCCUCCGCCUGGGCCCAGCAGGCCCUCGGUCAGGCUGGUGGACGCCGUGGGGGAUGCUAAGCCUCAGCCUGUUGACUCCUGGGUCUAGCUUGCAUGCCUGGGCCCUGGCCCAGCUGUUUGUUCUUAGGGAUCACAUCGCAAUAGUUGGAAGGGCCAUCUUGAGCAGAGCCAAUCCUGGAGCCGGGAGUCCCACCCCUAUGUGGCGGGUUGGCUAAACCUCCUGUCCCACGCCAGGGCCUGACUUUAUGAAUAUCCCUUCUGUUGUACCCUCCCCUCCCAUCCACUCUCCUGAUCUAACUCUCCAGGCCUGAGUUAGCUGUUUACUGACAUGGUGCUGUGUAGUGGGAGAGAGGGGUGGGGGUCCCCACACACAGUGCCACAGAAGAGCAAAUAGAGCCUGGAGUGGAGGUCCUGGAGCAAGCAGUGGGACAGUUGGGGAGGGGGGGAUUUGGAAAGAACUUGGGCUAAGGGUGGCUGGAGUACUACCGUGCAUGCAGGCUGACCACAGUGAGGGCUGCUCCAAGAGAGUCCAGGCAGGGACGUUUAGGAGGCAGACAACUUGGGGGGCAAGCUGUGCCUGCCCCCAGCCCCUGUCCUUGGAUUCUUAGGACAUCUUCCCUCUGCUGUGUACUCCUCCUGAGCUGCCUGUGGCUGGGGCCACUCUGGCUGUUGCAUCUGCAUCUGCCUAGAACCUCAAGUAACCUCGGGGCCUGAGUGCCAGCAGUAGCAGGGAACUGCUCUUCAGUGCCUGCUGUUUGGGACUUAACAAUGAAGAAAACUGACACAAAGCAUUCAAAAUGAAACCAAAAUAAGACUGUAUCAGCAAACAUUGAAAAUUUUGUAAGAAAAUUUAAAGAUUAAAAAGAAGCAAAGAAACUGCC